CAAUUCACUGAAGCACUCUCCUCACUACUACUCAGCUUCCAUGACUCCCCUUCAACUGCUGCUCCCUUUUCUCUCUCUACCUUUCUUUCUCCUCUGUGGUGCCACUACUUCAAACCAGAUUCCCAAGCAUCAUGUGAUUUAUAUGGGAAGCUCAUUAUCAAAUGGAAAUGGAAGAGUUCUUGGAGCUGAAGAUGCAGCAGAAUCAGCUUAUUUGCAAAUGCUGUCAUCCAUUAUUCCAAGCCAUGAGAUUGAGAGAAUAUCUAUAAUUCACAAGUAUAAUCAUGCUUUUAGAGGAUUCUCCGCCAUGCUUACUGAGACUGAAGCUUCUAUUUUGUCAGGCCAUGACGAUGUGGUUUCCAUCUUCCCCGACUCAAUACUUGAGCUACACACAACACGUUCUUGGGAUUUCUUAGAGGCGGAAUCUGGCAGGCUACCAAGCAAUAAAUAUCAGCGGGGCCUAUCAAGUGAUGUUAUAAUUGGGAUGAUAGAUACAGGGAUAUGGCCUGAGUCUUCAAGUUUCAAUGAUGAGGGAAUUGGUGCAGUCCCUUCAAGAUGGAAAGGAGUCUGUAUGGAGGGCUCAGACUUCCGGAAAUCGAAUUGUAAUAGAAAGUUGAUAGGUGCAAGAUACUACAAUGUUCCAUGGACAAGAGAUGGCAACCAGAGCAGUUUAGCGAGAACAAAAGGCUCACCAAGGGAUUCUGUCGGCCACGGAACUCACACCGCAUCCACAGCGGCUGGUGUGCAAGUCCUGAAUGCUAGUUACUAUGGCUUAGCACAAGGCACAGCAAGGGGCGGCUUGCCUUCAGCUAGGAUUGCAUGCUACAAGGCUUGCUCAGAUGUUGGUUGCUCUGGUGCCACCAUAUUGAAGGCUAUUGAUGAUGCAAUUAGAGAUGGAGUAGAUAUAAUAUCUAUUUCCAUUGGGAUGAGUUCACUCUUUCAAUCCGAUUACUUAAACGACCCCAUAGCCAUUGGAGCAUUUCAUGCUGAACAAAUGGGGGUCAUGGUAAUUUGCUCUGGAGGAAAUGAUGGUCCUGAUCCUUACACUAUUGUUAAUACAGCACCAUGGAUCUUCACCGUUGCAGCUUCUAACAUUGAUAGGGAUUUCCAAUCUAAUAUAGUUCUUGGAAAUGGGAAAAAUUUCACAGGUUCAGCCAUCAAUUUCUCCGAUCUCACUCGUUCAAGGACAUAUCCUCUUGUAUUUGGAAAAGAUGUUGCUGCUUAUUAUACGCCUGUAUCAGAAGCAAGAAAUUGUUAUCCAGGAUCAUUGGAUCCAAAGAAAGUAGUAGGAAAAAUUGUUGUUUGUGUUGAUGAUGACCCGGCUGUUUCAAGGAAAAUCAAGAAAUUAGUUGUAGAAGAUGCUAAAGCCAAAGGGUUGAUUCUGAUUGAUGAAGCUGAGAAAAGUGUGCCUUUCGAUUCGGGCAUUUUCCCAUAUACAGAAGUUGGCAAUAUUGCAGGCUUUCAGAUUCUCCAGUACAUAAAUUCUACCAAAAACCCAACAGCAACAAUUCUCCCAACAGUUGAUGUUCCAAGGUAUAGACCUGCACCAGCUGUUGCAUAUUUUUCAUCGAGGGGUCCUGCAGAGCUUACAGAAAACAUUCUCAAGCCUGAUAUAAUGGCUCCGGGAGUGGCCAUUUUGGCUGCCAUAGCUCCCAAGAAUGAAACAGGGACAGUCCCAAAUGGGAAGAAGCCAUCCACAUUUUCCAUAAAAUCAGGUACUUCUAUGGCUUGUCCACACGUAACGGGGGCUGCUGCAUUCAUCAAGUCAGUGCAUCGUCGAUGGACUUCUUCCAUGAUCAAAUCAGCGCUUAUGACAACAGCAACUGUGUUCAACAACCUGAAAAAACCUUUGACAAACAGCUCUAACACCUUUGCGAAUCCACAUGAGGUGGGGGUCGGAGAAAUAAACCCACUGCAAGCUCUUAGUCCAGGACUGGUCUUUGAAACGACAACAGAAAACUAUCUCGAGUUCCUUUGCUAUUAUGGCUACCCAGAGAAAAAUAUAAGAUCUAUGUCAAACACAAAGUUCAUCUGCCCCAAAAGCUCCAUUGAUGAACUCAUCUCUAAUGUUAACUACCCAUCAAUCUCCAUUAGUAAACUCAACCGGCAUCAACCUGCAAAGACAAUUCAAAGAACGGCAACCAAUGUUGCUGCCCUGAAUUCUACGUACAUUGCGAAAGUGCAUGCUCCAGCAGGCUUAAUAGUGAAGGUUCUUCCAGAGAAGUUAUUUUUUGCUGAGGGUGUGAGGAGGGUGUCUUUUCAAGUCUCAUUUUAUGGCAAGGAGGCUCAUAGAGGCUACAAUUUUGGGUCAAUAACCUGGUUUGAUGGUCGACAUUCAGUUCGUACUGUGUUUAGUGUGAAUGUUGAAUAACUUUGGAAUUGGAAAGCGUCUUACCGCUUGGAGUCAACUAAAAGUUAGAAAGAGGUUGUUAAUGCAAGGAGGGGGAAGAUGUGAAUUCCUAGGCAUAUAUACCUUUCUUCAUAUUAUAAUUCUUGCUUUGAUGUCUCAGUCCUUUUAAUUGUCCUUUAUGUUAUCACAAACCCCUCCUCAGUAUGCAUAAAAGGGAGUGCUAGUUUGAGCUAAA